UUCAUAUCGAACAAUCACGAGUCUAUCGAAAAUCGAAAUCGGUGAAAGAGAAAAAAGAAAGCAGCGUUAGCGAGAAAGCAGAGAGUGCGACAAAGAAAACCCAAGCGAAAAACCCACGGAUUAAGCGGUCCGCUGCGAAUUAAGCCCAUCUAACGGUGAACCUUUCGGCCACUAGUCCAAAUUAAGCCUCCUGCCCACCCCCUCCCAGCAUUCUGUCCAGCGAGCGCGACGCCCCCACAAAACAAAAGCUUCUUCAUGAUGUCGUCGGAUCAACAGUUCUUUCUGAAAUGGAACGAUUUUCAAACGAAUAUGGUGACCUCGUUCCGUCACCUGCGCGACGAGAAGAGCUUCACAGAUGUAACACUCGCCUGCGAGGGCCAAACAUGCAAAGCCCACAAAAUGGUGCUUUCCGCUUGCAGUCCCUACUUUAAAGCGCUACUGGAGGAGAACCCAUCGAAGCAUCCGAUCAUUAUCCUGAAAGAUGUAUCCUACAUUCACCUACAGGCUAUACUGGAGUUCAUGUACGCCGGUGAGGUGAACGUGUCCCAGGAACAAUUGCCAGCAUUUCUUAAGACCGCCGAUCGCCUCAAAGUGAAAGGCCUGGCAGAGACACCCAGUUCGAUAAAGCGGGAAGGUUGAUGGUAUUAAACAAUAAACGAAACAAAAAAUACAUAAUAAAUAACAACAACCAACUAUAAGAAACUUAUAUGUACGCAAGAAAACAAAAUUCCAACCAGCGGCAAAAGAAACAACAUUACGAGAACGACAUUUGGUAUACAAAUUCAUGUAAGAGUGCACUAAGGAGGAUGAUGAACACCAACGGAUGACCACACAAAGCUGAAGCUGGACAGAUUGAAAUGAUAAGCCUGUAAAGUAGAGGUGGAGGCCAAAUCCGCCCGCCCACUCCCACACCCGCUCAUUCACAUCUGAUCAACCAAAUUGCAAAAAACAACACUUACCGACAACCCCACAAAACUCGAUUUGAAUUAUUUUUGUUUAAUUUCUGCAUAAAAUAGUUUGUAAUAUAU